AUGCAUCUUCCCACUGCCCUCACCGCCUUCAUCGUCACCACUGCCCUUGCAGCCCCAACAUCUAUCAACACCACCUCUAAUUCUACUCUCGCCGUUGCGAACGACAACUUGGGGAUUCUUGGGUGCUUCCCGUGCUUUGUCUACUACCUCAAGUGCCGCCAGACACAAGCUAGCGACGAGAUCUGCCGAUGUUUGACAUCUCCUCAAUACAACGGUCGUUGUCGAACCGAUUCUUGUGGGUAUAAGGACUGCUAA